AUGGGCCGGCGCUCGCUGUUGGCAUCGGGCCCAACUGCGCGCGCGGACUGGUUUGAGGAGCUGAACGCCUGCAACCGACGGGUGCAGUUUGGUGCUGCCCGGCCGAUCCUCGUGAAGCAGUCAGGAUCGGCGCGCACGCUCACCAACAAGGGCUGGCUGCACCUGAGCAACGCCUUCUUCGUGCCGUCCAUGCCCUACAACAUCCUGUCCACUGAGUCACUCAAGGACGACGGCGUCGUCUGGGGCAAGCAGCCAGGGGCUGACGUCAUCGACUUCUAUUACGCAUCAAAACGGCUGCGCGACCCCGCGGUCAAGCCGCUCUUUACGGCAUCCAAAGACGGGGGCAACAGCGACCUGUACGUGCUGCUCCCUCUGGCGGAGUUGCAGGGCGGGGCGGCGCGGGGGCGCGGGCCCCAAUGA